UGCAGUUUGACAAUCACAGAAUGAGGACCACAGCGCUUUUAUUUUUCUAUCUGCUUUUGUGCUGUCAACAUACAGAGAGUUUAACUAAUAAACGGGUGAUUUUAGGGGAAAAUGUGACAUUAGACUGUGAUAUUGAUAUUAAAGACAUUUAUUGGCUUUCUCAGAAACCAUCAGAAUCUCUUGUGGUGAUAUUUCGUUCUUUCACAUCAGACUCUACAUCACCUAUGUUUACUGAUCCAAGACUCAGAAACAAAUAUUCAUCACUAACUAACAGUAGUUUGUUUAUUAGUAAUAUAACAAAAGAUGAAUUAGGAAUAUAUUAUUGUGCAAAACUAUACUUAACAGCUCUAACGCUCGGCAAUGGAACCAAACUUUACAUCUCUGAAGCUGCCUAUCAGAAUGAGACAGAAGAGAAUGAUCAACACAACAACACAAUCAUAACACAACAUUCAGCUCUGACACAUACAUCCAUCUUACUGAAUGUCCUGCUCCUCAUCAUAAUAAUAGGUCUGUUGAUACCAAGAUGUCCGAAACCAAGAAAAAGUGUAAAACCACACCCGAAUGAUGAAGUUGAGCUUGAGCAGAUUGAGGACCUGAAUACAGCUGAGUAUUCUGAAAUCCAUUUGGCCUCACAAUCUACAGAAGCUCAACUCAGCCUUAUCAACGCAACGUACGUUCUUCUUGAGAAACCAAAAGCAGACGCCAGACAAACAUGAUGAUCUUGAUGUGUGAAGUCUCACAUACUAACACAUACCGUGGGUGUUGGGUUUGAACUUGCACAAGAGAAACAUUAAUAUACCCCACUCUGAUUCCAGUCUUACAAAGGUUAUGUUUCCGUUCUCGGUUUGCACAAGAUUGUUUUUAUAAAUGCAGAAGUUCAGCUACCAAGCAAUGUCAGAUGCUGGUCGUAAAGGUUCCUUCGGAGGAACUUUACAUUAAUUCAUGUUUUACUGCUGGUAAACAGGGCUUUGUGAUGGGCAUGUGACGCGACCACAUGAUACAAAAUGUGACCCUGACCCACGAAACCAGUCAUGAGUGUCAAAAUGCUGUAUGGUUUGUUAGGAUGAGGGUGCAAAAAAAAUGAACUAUUGAGAAAAUCACAUUUAAAGUUGUCCAAAUGAAAUCCUUAGCGACACAAAUUACUAAUGAUAAAUGCAUAAUUUUUUAUAUAUUUACGGUAGGAAAUGUACAAAAUAUUUACAUAGAUCAUGAUCUUUACUUAAUAUCCUAAUGUUUUUUGGUGCAAAAUGCAAUACUUUUAACCCAUACAAUGUAUUGUUGGCUAUUGCUACAAAUAUACCCAUGUGACUUAUGGUUUUGUGGUCCAGGGUUACAAAUGUCAAACAAAGCAAAUAGGUAAACAUCCAUCUACACUCUAGAUCAGGGGUGUCAAACUCAUUUUAGGCUGAGGGCCGGAUGGUAAAAAAUAACGCCACAAUGUGAGGGCCGGAUAAUAUUUUUUAACCUUAGUGAACUGAUAAUGUUAAAAUUAACCAAACAAACUAAUUUAUCAGCAAGAAAACUAAAGAAACACACAGCUUUGUGAAAACUACAUUUCAUAAGUCACACUCAUACUGUUCAUACUAUCAGUGUUGGGGAAAGUUACUUGUAAAAGUAAUGCAUGACAAUAUUAAGUUACUUCCCAAAAAAGUAACCAAUUGCGUUACUUAGUUACUUUUCAUGGAAAGUAAUGCUUACGUCGUUAUCUCGUUCAGGCCUUGCAGGUGUUUUUUAUGAUCGCAAAAAUGUAGAGCUCUGGCCUGCCAUCUCGUUUCUGACUCAAACUGUUCCCGCUCAGGUGCACCGAAUGCAUCAUUCUACUUUAAUGUGUUUAGUUUAAUUCAGUACAUUAUUUUAUUUUUUUAAUUUGAAUUAAUUAAACUGAAAAGUAACUCACAUUACUUUUUAAAAAGUAACUCAAUUAUUAAUGUGUACAUUUACUCGUUACUUCAGAAAAGUAAUAUUAUUACGUAAUACGCGUUACUUGUAAUGCGUUACCUCCAACACUGCCACUACACAAAUUUACAUCUGUACAAACCCACUGGCCUUAGGUUGCAAAGCCUUAAUUUAACUUCCUUUGCAUGACACCUUAACCAAAUUAUACCUUAAUGCCAAAAUUAUUUAUAAACCAUUCACUUUUCUUUGGAAUAUAUUUGUCAUGAGAACAGUCAUUUAGAAAACGGGCAGUGGCCCAAACCAAAAAUGGUACUAAGGGGGGUGGUACUAUUUAUGGUUUUAACAAAGUACUAUAAAUAUGAUGUGUUAUAUUACUACCAUCAACUUAGACGAGUGAAUGGGCAAUAUAAUAACAAGAAUUAAAGUCUGCUAAAUAUUCAAUAUGAUUUACCCGAUGGAGCUUUGAAUCCAUGUUUGCAAUGUUGAACUGCCUUUAGCAGCCUCCACAACACCGUUCUCUGUCUUUAUUUUGUGAAGGCAUUGGUGUUUUUUCGUAUUUUUUGUCAACAAAGUGUGCCAACAACGCAAAUUUAGUGUUUAUAUUAACUUCGGGAACAUUAAAUCGAUUAGACAAGCAGUGUAACGUUAAUACUAAGAAUGUGGAUAUUUUAGUUGUUUGCUUGCGAAGUUGCUAGCACUUUUAAAACACCGACAGCAAAUCAUUACGGGAAGAAAUACAUAAACAUACUUCCAAAUUACUAAUUCUGCGGUUUAAUAAUUGAUAUAAUGUAAUGAAUCUACCUGUUAAAGCAACGAAACUUCGGAAACUGUCGUUUUCGCUUUCCAGUCAGAGAGUGGACACACAGAUGCUGCGGAGCGGGCGGGAAAACACGAAGUGGAUUACCGGAAUCAGUGGAUUUUUAGCGGAUCGGUAACAUAAAACGCCCUGGGCACCCUGAUUAGUCUAUGUUCCGCGUUUUGCUGCUUUCCGCAAGUCUCUCAUAUUAAAAACGAACUAGACACCCGCCUGAAAGGGUUUCUAAAAUACGUAUUUAAUAUUUAAUAAUACUGUAUAAAUAAUCAUGCGGGCCGGAUUGGACACCUUUGUGGGCAGAAUAUUUGACACCCCAGCUCUAGAUGCUGAUGUUGUGAGCAAAAAUAAACCAUUAAAUGUACAAUAUUCAUAUCACUUCCUAAAAUGGGCGUCCUUCCUGUUUCAGUAAAUAUUGACAUAUCUUAAAUAUAUUUUGAAACGUGUAACUUAAGAUUUGUGUUACUAUAUGCAUUGUACAGCUGUGAUCUU